CGCUCCUCGCCGCUGACGGCCUCGACCAUCCAUGGUUUACCACUCGAGCUGACCGAUCGCCUGCGCUCCUUUCCACUCUUCGCUUCGGCUCCAGACUCGUUCCUCGCCGCCAUUGGCAAGUUCCUGCGCCCGCAGCUCUUCCAGCCACAUGAAUAUAUUCUCACAGAAGGCGACGACGCCAAAGCCAUGUACUGGCUGGUCCGCGGUUCGCUAAGAGUCACGUCAAGAGAUGGAGAAAGCACAUACGCAGAGCUCAAGCCGGGCGCCUUCUUUGGUGAAAUUGGCAUUCUGAUGGACAUUCCGCGCACCGCCACCAUCAUUGCUCAAUUGCGCUCGCUGGUCCUAAAGCUCAACAAGGAGGACCUGCAGAAGGUCCUUCCAGCCUUUCCCACAGUCGAGCGAGCCAUACGCGACGAGGCCACCGAACGUCUGUCCAUCCUCGAACGCUUGAAGAAGGAACGCGUCACAUUGCCCGCUACUUCGGGCUUGCGCAAGCGAUCGCGUGACUUUAUCGAGCGCGAUGUCGAUAUGCAAGAUGUAGGGCCACAGGACGAUAGUAACAAGCGUCGCAAAUCUCCUAGCCCCAGUCUUGCAGAGGCAGCCGCCAAUAGUGCUCUGGGAAAUGCCAACUUGACCGUCCGCCAGAUUCUGCAAGAGCUGCCUCUGUUUGCGGGACUCCCUGCCGAGAUUCUACAUUUUCUAGGCGUCAACGCCCAGCCUUGUUCCUUCGGUCCAUUUGUGGAUAUCAUUACCCAAGGCUCGCAAGGCCGCGACGUCUUCUUCUUGGUGCGUGGCGAAGUCGAGGUUGUGACCGAGACACCUGGCAACAAGACGCACGAGAUGACGGGAGAGCUAUUACCGGUGCAGCGUGUACGAGCCCGCCUUAAGCCGGGCCAGUAUUUUGGUGAGGUUACUAGUCUUUCUCUGGCGCCAAAAAGAACGGCCACGGUUCGCUCUAUCAACAGCGUUGAAUGUCUGCGUAUCACAGGACAAGUCUUGGACGAGCUCUGGAAGAACUGGUCCUCGAAUCUGCGCCAGCAGGUUGAACAAGAGGCUAAGCGGAGACUAAAAGAGGUUGAAGAUACAGACAUCAUUCUGCCAGAUGCCNCCUCUGCGGUCGAUGCUCUCUCAGCACUACCGCCGGAGGACCAAUGGAAGAAGAGCGUGCCCACGGUCACCUUCAGUAACACAGAACCUGAGAGCGCCAUCACCAGAGAUAUGUCUCCUGUCGCAGCUGAGCCCAUGGAUCCUGAUCCUUUCUUCAGCAUUGAUAUGGACAACGUGCGUGCAAAGUCGAGGAGGAGCUCUCUCGCGCCUCCGUCCCCAGAGCCCGUUAUGCACGAUACUACACAUCGUCAACCCUCACCUCCUUCCGCAGGCCGUGCCCUCCCACCCUCUCCAUUAAAACCAAGGUCUUCAGUCUCCUCUCUAUCUCCUGCAUCCGAAACUCGACGUCCUAUCAGCCGGCGCCCUAGUGUGUUUGGCAGGCCAUCUAGCCGUUCAGGAAGAGGCCCUCUGCCAGAUUCGGUGCUUACUAUGGUCUUCCAAUACCUCGAUCUGCCCGAUCUUAUGCGCUUGAGACUGGUGUCGGCUCAUUGGACCCGCCUCUUGACAACAAGCCCGGACAUUAUUCAGGACCUUGACCUUUCGCGAUACAACCGUCGCGUUACGGACUAUGCCUUGAAAGAGGCUAUCUGUCCCUUCGUAGGAUCCCGUGCGCGCCAUGUCAACAUUAACAAUUGUUUCCAUGUGACCGACGACGGCUUUGCUGCGCUGGUUGAGUGUUGCGGCGAAAGCGUACGUAGCUGGAGGAUGCGUAGUGUGUGGGACGUAACAGGACAGAGUAUCCUGGAUCUAGUAAACCGUGCAAAGCGCCUAGAGGAUAUCGAUCUAAGCAAUUGCCGGAAGGUUGGCGACAAUCUCCUAGCACGAAUCAUAGGCUGGAUCGUGCCGCAACCACCACCUGGACACGCAGCACCUUUGCUACCGCCGGUAGCCUCCUCGUCUCGAAGACCCGCGAUGAAACGCAAUGCUAGCAGUGCAGUGGUUCCACAAGCAGACCAACCUGCCCCAGGCACGGUAGUAGGAGCCGCAGGACUUAAGAAGUUGACACUGAGUUAUUGCAAACAUGUACAAGAUCGGAGUAUGGCGCAUAUUGCUGCACAUGCAGCGAAUCGACUCGAGAGCAUUGAUUUGACGCGUUGUACCUCGAUUACGGAUCAAGGAUUCCAACACUGGGGACUAUACAACUUUCCACGAUUGCGCAAGCUUGUCCUGGCCGAUUGCACAUAUCUGACCGACCAGGCGAUUUCUUUCUGCUGUGCACUUUCAGAUACGGCGACUGAAGUUCUCUCGCUAGGCUUGACACAUCUCACGCACCUCGAUUUAGCCUUCUGUGGCUCGGCCGUCUCAGACUCAAGUCUCCGCUGCAUUGGCUUGCACCUUCUGGAGCUGGAAUAUCUUUCGGUGCGCGGAUGCGUACGAGUCACUGGUCAAGGCGUCGAGAGCGUCGUAGACGGAUGCCCUCACCUUUCGCUCUUCGACGUCAGCCAGUGCAAGAAUCUUCUUCCAUGGUUGCGAUCCGGCGGCGUACAAGCAGUCAGACAGAGAGGCUGUAAAGCGAGAUUCGAAGUCGUGGCCGAUGGGUCAUGGCGUGGUAGCGGAGAAGCAUAUAAGGGGCUGCAUUGCUCCAUC